AUGGAUGAGAUUGACUUAAGUUCUUGCUCCUUUUCAGAGGACAUGGAUGAAAAUAUACCUGAUGAUACAAUAGAUGCUCCUGAUAUUCAAAAUCUUCAACUUGAAAACUCCAGACUUCAAGAAAUUAAUUCACAACUUCAAACAUCAAUCGAAGGCCUUAAAAAUCAAUUGAAAGAGGCUUUAGAUGCAGCAAAUGCAACAAAAGGCAUAUUAAAUCAACUCCAAACACUUAAAUCACAAUUAAACGAAGCGAAUGAAAAAAACUCCCAAUUAACUCAACAAGUUAACGACUUAGCAUCUGAUGGAAACAAUGCUUCCAACAGAAAUGUUCAGCAAAUUGCUGCCCUUGAAAGUGAAAGAGAUCAAAUUAACGAAGAAUUACGUGUUAUGACAGAGCAAAGAAAUAAACUCAGAGCUGAUAAGCAGUCACUUAAAAUGGAAAUCGAUGAAAAAUCUCUUGUUAUCGAAGAGCUUUAUGGAAAAGUUGAAAAAUCUAAGCUUUUCAAGAAGAAGAUGCAAGCAAAAACAACUGAAUUUGCAAAUGCGAUUACUACACUGCAAGGCCAAUUGGAAUCUACUCAGCUUGAACUUCAGAAAGAGCAAAAUGAAAAAACUACUUUGAAUCAAGACAUUGAUUCACUUAAGAUUAAGAUCAAUGAACAAAAUCAAACAAUUAAUGACCUUAACAACCAAAUUGCUACACUUAAAGAACAUUUAGAAACUAAAGACAACGCUUUCUCUCAAAUUGAAGAACAGUUCAACUCACAGUGUACUGAAAUAGAAGACAUGACAAAAGAGAAACAGAGAAUCAUUAUUCUUCUUCAGAAACAGUCAUCUGCUCUUGCAACUUCAGAGUAUAAAAUUGAAUCUCUUCAGAAGGAGAUCCAAAUGAUUAAUAACAAGAACAAUCAAAAAGCAACACGCACAGUUGCAAAGAAUACCGAGAUUCUUGAACUCAAAAUCCCAUUUGAAGGUGAAAUUGGCGACAAUUGCGAAAGAAUAGUCAAACAGAUUCAAUUCCAGCCAAUGCAAAGAGUUCAAAUGAUCUUGAAUGAAGCUGGAACCUAUAUUAACGAACUUGAAUGCGAAUUGAAAGAAUUAAAGAAUUCUCAUGAUCAAAUUCUCAAAGAAGUUCAAAACUAUCAAGAUACAGCAGAGACAUGGCGCCAAAUUGUUGCCGCUGUCUCCGAAAACCUCAGGCAACUUGCAAAAUGCAAUGAAAAUGAAGAAUUCACAGAAUUUAUGACACAAAAAUGUGGCGAAAUCGAUCCACUUAUCAGAGAACGUGUCAUGGGCGAUCAGCAUUUCAUUUCUAAUGAUUUCUUCUUCUCAGACGAUAUCACAAAGAAGAAGACAGAGAUCCAAACAAUUGCAGAUCAAUCAGAUACAACAUUUGCAAUUCUAACAUCACAGUUCCUUUCAAAUGUAUACCUUAGACAACAAAUUGCAUCAAAGAACGUAAUUCAGGCACAACCCGCAACUGAUUCUACUUCUCAAGUCAAUGUUGUUGAAAGAUCCCUUCCAACAAAUGAAGUUUCUGCUGCAGUUUCAACAUUUGAUGAUGGACAAAUGACAUUCCAAGAAUUGAAAGACAAACUCCAAAAGACGACAAAGACAGCUAAUCAACUCAAAGCCCAGCUUCGUAAAUCUCAGAAUGCCCAAAUGGAGUUACAAAAGGCAGAUAAUGAUCAGAAGCAACAAAUUGCACAGUUACAGAUCCAAAGAGAUGACUUGAAGAGUCAGCUUGAUGUCGCAAAUAUGAAACUUCAAGUUGCACAAACAACAAAGAUGACAGAUGAGAAUUCUCCUACUGUCACAAAAGAAAUCAUUGAAAAGAUGAAAGAAACAGAUGAAAAGAGGAAACUAGAUAUGAAGAAACUUGAAGAUGAGUUAAGAUUGAAAACAGAAGAAUGCAAUACUCUUUCAAUGCUAUUAAAGAAGACCCAGGUUGAGAACACAACAUCAAUUGUUACUAAGAACAAACAGAUCAAACGCCAAGAAGAAAGUUUCAGAAGAGAAAUUGAAACACUUAAUGAUCAAAUUGCAUCAAUAGCUCAAGAAUCAGAAGAAAAGAGGAAGAGACAACGCAGGAAAGAGAAGCAGCUUGAACAACAACAUCAAGCUAUUAUUAAAGAAAUGCAACAAUCAUUUGAUUCAUCAAAACAAGUUCUCAACCAAACAAUCGAGCAACUUAAGGAGAAAGCUCAAACAGCUAAUGAAACAACACAGAAAGUUCUUCAGCAGAUGUCGCAAAUUGAACAACAGAAUCAACAGCUCAAGAAUGAAAAUACUCAACUCAACACAGCUGUCAAAAAGAUUCAAUCAGAGAUGAAUACUCUCAAGAAUCAAGUUAAUAAAGAAAAGCAGCAACUUAAUGGCCAACUUGCUGCACAAACAAUGGUGUUUGAAGCUAAGAUGCAAAAGGCAUCUAAAGAAGCAAAUGCUAAUGCUGAAAAACGCGUAAAUAACUUCCUUGAGAUCAUCAAAGAAUCACUCGGAUCAAUGUAUGAUUUCGAUGAAGAUUUUGAUGAAGAAUCUCUCCACCAACUUGUUGAAAUGGUCAAAAAUGACUUAGAUAAACUGAACUACUUCCAAACAGAGGCAACUAAGUUUACAUCUGAUAAGAAAUGA